CGUGCUUCUAUUGGGUUUUUUGGGUUUUACCAGUUCGUCGGCCUCUCUUUCUCUCUGAAAUUCUGGUUUAUCAGGCUUGAAUAUCUCUCUAUUUUAAUUUUUGGGAUUUAUCUUUCAUUGGUUGAACCCUCCUUAGAGCUAAAUUAUCGAUCUGCAUAAGCAAAAGGGCCUACUUGUUUGUUGAAUUAAAUUUUUGUUUUUUUUAAUAUUCAUUUGGAAAUGGACCAUUUUAGGAGAUCAACAAUGUCGCUUCGGAGCAGAUGCAAUGGUCUCUUGAAAUGCCAAAAUGGGUUGUCUUCACUUUUGGAGCGGAAGCCUAUAGAGCGUGUAUCUGAUGUGGGUUUGGCUGCUUUCUCAUCAUCUAUGGCUACGCAGAAAACGUCAGCUGGUAAUUCGAUUAAAAGGUUGCCAGUGGCAUUUAAGUCGGUUUGUGGGAGACAACCAACUGCCGAUGCCAACUAUAGGUCUAUGGAGAUGCUUCAUGCUUAUGGUAAUAAUUUUCUUUGUGGAGGGCACCUUGAUAAGGAUUGCAUGGUUGGCCUUGGAUCACAAUUCCAACUCAUGACAAUAUGUGGAGCAAGCACUGUUAAGGCUUGCCAUGCUAGAUCAUUUGCAUCAAAAGCUCAGCAAACAGAUAAAAAAACAUCUGAGACUAGAAAAGAGGUAUCUACUGUUGAGGAUCCCUUUGAUGCUCCUACAUAUAAUAUUCCAGAGAAGCCCGUGACGUUUGCAGAGGGGGCAUCCUACAGUAUAAUAAUCCUUGCAGGACUUGGAGUUGCAGCUGCUGCAGGUUAUGCCGUUUUCAAGGAACUUAUAUUUGAACCAAAAGAGUACAAGAUUUUUAACAAGGCUCUGAAAAGGAUUCAAGAUGAUGCUCAGGUCAGGGUGAGGAUUGGAUCCCCCAUUACAGGUUAUGGUCAGGAAAGUCGGAAUCGUGCGGCUCGCCAACGAAUUCCCAAUAAGAUUUACACUGAUGAGGAUGGCGUGGAGCAUGUCCUGGUUAAUUUUUAUAUUCGGGGGCCGCAUGGAGCUGGCAAAGUUUCUGCAGAGAUGUUUAAAGACAAGGUGGACAAGCAAUGGAAAUAUACAUACUUGAUUGUCCAGAUUAUGCAACCCUCCCAGUCGCAAUUGAUUCUCGAGUCUUACAUGCCAGCACCUGCCCCUGUGCCUUCGUAGAACAUGUGUAGUUUCCAAGCUUACAAAGGUUUCGUUGUACCAAUUUAUUGCACAGUACAUCCAUGACUAAUUCUCAUCAAGCUGAUGCAAAAUUUCCGAAUUCUGUAUAAAAGAGAUUUAGUCUUAGCUUUCUGGAGCGCUUGGUUUUUGACCUUAGCUGGUGGUCUUUAUUAACUUUCAAAGAGAAUAACUCAAUAGCUUUUGAGAAAUGAUUUGAGUGGUUCCUACUUUUCAUUUCCCA